GUGAGGCCUCAUUGACAGAAUGGUGAAUAAUCCCCCCCCAGGAUCAGACAGUUGGACUCCCUCAGAGAAGCGCUACUUCAACAAAGGCAUCUCUGCCUACAGGAAGGACUUCUUCAUGGUGCAGAAACUGGUGCAAACAAAGACAGUGGCACAAUGUGUGGAGUUUUACUACAUGCAUAAGAAACAGGUGAAGAUCAGUCGCAGGGGAAGCGUUACCUACGGACCUGCAGAGUCCCCAGCAGAUAGACACACAGAGGCAGUAGUGGAUGUUAAG